CGUCACAUGACUAAUAACGAUUGUCAAAUUUAGACACAUGCCUGGUAUCUGGACAUUUGGUUCUUUUCAGCGCAGCGAUGUGGAUUUUGUCACUCACCUACGCACUGCUUUGUUCUUCCUUCGUCUGGGGUGGGCCUUUGGAAGCUGAUCAAGACACGUCCAUCCCUGAGGACUGGCGUCUUGUUGGCAGAGCCGACCCUGCUGAUCAGGUGGAGCUGACGUUUGCCCUGAGGCAGCGGAAUGUGGAGCCGAUGAAGGCGCUGCUGGGUCAGAUAUCAGAUCCUGACUCAGCGCUCUAUGGGAAGUACAUGUCUUUUGAGGAUGUGGCCCGGCUCAUCCAGCCCAGCAAGCUGACUCAGAAGGUAGUGCAGAGGUGGCUGUGGAGUCAUGGAGUACAGGACUGCCAGACAACCAUGACGCAGGACUUUCUCCAGUGUGUCAUGACUGUCGAAGAGGCUGAGACGCUACUUCCUGGAAGCCGGUUCAACCGUUACGCUCGAGAGGAGCAGCUCCUGCUGAGGUCUGAUGUCCAGUACUCUGUCCACGAUGAUGUGUCUGAACAUCUGGACUUUGUUGGCGGACUUCACCGAUUCCCCCCAAAAAAGAAGGAGGUGGCCAAAUCCUGGCUUGGCAAGAGAAGAGGUUUAGGGUACCAUCUGGGUGUCACUCCAGCAAUCAUCAGAGCUCGUUAUAAUCUGACCGCCUCGGAUGUGGGCUCAGCUGCCAAUAACAGCCAAGCCGUGGCACAGUUUCUGGAGCAGUUCUACCACCCUGCGGACCUAGCUGAGUUCAUGAGCAUGUUUGGCUCGGGCUUCAAGCACCUGUCGGCAGUGGACCGCGUGGUGGGCACCCAAGGCCAGGGCAAAGCCGGUCUGGAGGCCAGUCUGGACGUAGAGUACAUCAUGAGUGCUGGGGCCAACAUCUCCACAUGGCUCUUCACCAAUCCAGGGCGUCAUGAGUCCCAGGAGCCGUUCCUGCAGUGGCUGGUGCUGCUGAGCAACAUGUCGUCCAUCCCCUGGGUCCACACCAUCAGCUACGGGGACGACGAGGACAGCCUCUCCACCGCCUACAUGCAGCGCGUCAGCAACGAGUUCAUGAAGGCCGGCCUCCGUGGCGUCUCAAUGCUCUUUGCCUCAGGUGACAGUGGAGCUGGCUGCCUGCACCUAGGUGGGGGAAAGAACACAUUCCGGCCCAAUUUCCCUGCAUCAAGCCCGUAUGUCACCACUGUGGGUGGAACUUCAUUUAAGAACCCUUUCAAGCUCUCCUAUGAGAUCGUCGACUACAUCAGUGGCGGUGGCUUCAGCAAUGUCUUUGACAUGCCUGAUUACCAGGUCACUGCUGUGCAGGCCUACUUAAACAACACUAAGGGUCUUCCUCCGGCGACGUACUUCAACGCCAGUGGGCGGGCCUACCCCGACAUCGCUGCUCUCUCAGACAACUACUGGAUCGUCUCCAACAGGGUGCCCAUUCCGUGGGUGUCUGGGACCUCGGCCUCUGCUCCAGUGGUUGGAGGACUCAUUGCUCUCCUGAAUGACCAGCGGCUCCAGAAAGGUCUUCCCCCUCUCGGCUUCCUCAACCCACUCCUGUACAAGAUGGAGGGGAAGUACCUUUUUGAUGUGACCCAAGGCUGUCACAUGAGCUGCUGGGACGAGCAGGUGAGUGGGAAUGGCUUCUGUGCGACGGCAGGGUGGGAUCCAGUGACCGGGUGGGGAACUCCCAACUUCGGUGCCCUGCGGUCUCAGCUGGGGGGUUAAGCCCUAGUAACUACAUUAUCCCACCGUCCGCCCUCCUCCCUGCAUCUCUCUCCAGACCAGUCCACAUUGCUGACUGUCAGGGUUCUGGGCUUGGCUUCCUUCCUUCUAACAACGGCUGCAAAUCAGUAUUGUUCCUACCGUCCUGGCCUCUUGCCGCAGUGUUGCCUCUUAACAAGGGUGUGAUGUGUUGAAAAAAACACAGGGAGGAUAGAUUUUAAGCAAUAUCCAUGAAUUUACAUUAAAUCAUGAUUAAAAUAAUGUAGAUUGGAGAUGUCAAAUCCAGAAAAGGGGAAUACCUACCCCACACCCGCCAUCCCAAUCCACAGUCAACAAAUUGCACCCUGGACAAGACAAGUUUUCUACUAAGGUAUCAUAAGGCCACAGGAAAGGAUGGGAGGAACCACAUUGAUUUCCAACCUGUGUCCCCCCCUAUGAAGGAGAAGACUCGAAUUGGUAUUUUUACUCUUCCAAUCUCUGUGAAUACAUGUCAACAAUGUGCAAGUCUAAUCUGAUCUGGAAGAAAGCACACGCUCAAGUACAAUUUAUCUCAGGUUUGAAAUUGACGAAUGGAAUUGCAGUCUUGCACUAAGCAUCUAGGAAUAUGAAUUUACAGUAUUUCAAGUUGUGACUGACAAGCACUGUUGUCUGCCUUUGUUUUAAGCAGUGUAUGCAUGCUCUUUUGAGUCGAGCUGUUCUUUUACUUGUUUUUUUGUUUUUUAAACUGAUGACAUGCUACUGAUGUCCCUAACUCAACUGUUUCACUGUGUGCAAUUAUAUAUUAAUCACUAUUUUGUGUAAUUCUAUACAAGGUAAAGUGUAAGCAAUAUCUCAAAUUGAAUUUGAAUGCAAUGUACUGUGAUGAUUGUGUUGAAAUCACCAGCUGAUGAUCUUGAUAUUUGAAGGGAUGUGACAGAUAUGUUUUUCUUUGUUUUCAAACUUUUUGUUGUUGAUUAUGAUGAACGAUAAAAGGAUUUUAUUUUGAAGCA